CUCAUUUUUCUCUUUUUAACUUUAUUGCUUAUUUGUUUUGAAUAUUAGUGGUAAUCUGUGUAUAUUAUUAUCUCGGAACAGUAUAUUUUAAUUCUGCGAAGUUUAAGAUCAAGCCAAUGCUCGUCUGGGAUUAGAUCAGAUGGGCUGUCGCCGAUUUUCGGGUGGAGGACACCGCUCAAGGGGAGGUCCGCCCCCCCACCAUCGUCAUUUUCACGGCGGAAAUCGGGGUGGUAGACACUGCUGGCAUGGACCUCCUGGUGGACACCAUGGCGGCGGUCACUAUUGGGAGGGAUAUGCUCCUCCUCCACCACCGCCCCAUUGUCCACCUCCUGGGAGAUAUCCAAGUGGCGGGCACUAUUAUCAUGGAUAUCCUCCGCCUCCUCCUCACUGUCACCCACCACCUCCUCCUUCCUGUCACCCACCACCUCCUCCUCACUGUCACCCACCACCUCCUGGAAACCAAGGAGGUGGGUGCCACUAUUGCGGAUGCCCAAGUGGCGGUCCACCUCAGAGUGCACAUCCCGAGAGCGAAACACUGCCUGGUGAAGCCCCAAAUGUCGAUCAACAUGGUAACAAUGCUCCAAGCAGCCAACUCGAAAGUCCUGCUGGCGAAAUCCCCAGCAGUCAAAUACCUGGCAGGAAUAAAUACGAAAUCAUUGAUCUAUAGAAUCCGUGAUUAUUUAAGGGCAUACGUUUAUAAAAUACAUUUCUUAGACUUUAAAUAUUUUUUCUCUCGCAUUUAUUAAUUUUAACAAAGAAUGUGUUUAAAUAAUCAAUCAAUAAAAACUGACCGUAUUUUUUAACACA